AUGGAGAACAACAUGGCGAAAAAAGGGAAGCGAUACAACGGCAUCAACGAACACGUAGAUAGACUGCAACUUUACACGAUAGACGAAGCUGUCUCCCUGGUCAAAAAAACGGGCAGUGCGAAGUUUGAUGAAACCGUGGAUUUAGCAUCACGUCUCGGUAUAGAUGCCCGACAGGCAGACCAGAAUAUCCGAGGCAUUGUCGCGCUGCCACACGGAACAGGAAAAUCUGUUCGUGUUGUCGUCUUCGCCCAGGGCGAUCUGGCACGACAAGCCGAAGAGGCCGGGGCAGAUUUCGUUGGAACAGACGAUCUUGUUGAUAAAAUCGUUGACGGAUGGCUCGAUUUUGACGCAACAAUUGCAACACCGGAUCUGAUGCGAAAUAUCAUGCCCAAACUCGGGCGAGUCCUUGGACCGAGAGGCUUAAUGCCUAACGCCAAGGCAGGUACCGUCACAACGGAUGUUGCCGAAACCAUACGAGAUAUCAAAGCAGGACAAAUCGAAUACCGAGCAGAACGCUCCUCCGGUAUUGUUCAUGUCCCAAUCGGCAAAGUGUCAUUCGAGGAAGAAAGUAUUAAACAAAACCUCAACGUAGUGAUGAGUGCACUCGUUGCCGCUCGUCCGUCCGUGGUGAAAGGCAGAUACAUUCGGAGCGUUGCUAUAUCAGCAACAAUGGGAGCUGGUAUCCGGAUAGAUCCACAGCAAUUUGCAUAA